CCCCUCCCGUCGUGUCAGUGUAGCGGAUCGGCAAGGAAAUCAUCAAGUUACGACUCACGAUGCUGGCCAUUAAUUUCUUCUCUAUUGUGUUGGGCUUCGCGCUCUUCCUCGGAACAUCAGGUGAUUAUGUCGCUGACCUUUCCCUCUUGGCCUUUACCGGCACGCCGGUCGGCAAGGUCGUCCCAUUCGAUGGCCUCGAUCUCUAUGUUUCAAUGCCACGGAACCAGAGCGGCAAAACCAACGGCACAACAGCGCGAACCCGGUUUGGGGUUCUACUGUUGACUGAUAUCUACGGGAUCCAAUCAAGGGAGAACAAACUUCUCGUCGAUAGCUUCGCGCGCGCGGGCUACGUGGCAGUCGCCCCAGACCUGUUCGAGAACAAACCGAAAUCCGAGGACCCCAUGGCGAGCUUCAACGGGACCGAGUUCUUUAGAGCGCAUGGUCCUGCCGUCACCGACCCGAAAGUCGAGAAGACCAUCGCCUACAUGCGUGACAAGAUGGACAUACAGAAGAUUGCGUCUACGGGAUACUGCUUCGGUGGUCGCUACGCCUUCCGCGCUCUAGGGUUGGCUCAAAAUAAGGGUGUGCAAGUGGCCUUCGCUGCUCAUCCAACUCUGCUGGGGGACGACGAAAUCAAAGCCAUCAAAGGGCCGGCUAGUUUGGCCCUUGCUGAGGAUGACAAAACUAUGCUGCCCAAGAGGAGAGUCGAGAUCGAGGCGGCAAUGGGCACAACAGGCCAGCCAUAUACAAUCACACUCUACGGUGGGACGCCGCACGGGUUUGCCACAAACCCCGACCUCAGCAUCCCCGUGCAAAAGGCCGCGAAGGAAGACGCGUUUCUGCAAGCUGUGCGGUUCUACGAGACUUGGCUAUGAAUAGGGUGCACGUUGAGGGGGCUCGGGUAUGUGUUGGUGUCUCGCCAGUAUAUAAUACAGUAAUGCCGGAUACCCGUCGAGCCAAGCGUUCUCUUGACGGGGGCUGCGAGGAUUGAUGUACAAAAAAUCAUUACAG